AUGAUUAUGUACGGUCCUACUUCAACUUUCAAUGUUUGUGAAUUGUAUCACAAAGAUAAUGUAGUUUGUCCACCCAAGCUUAAGAAGGGUUUGUUUACCACUGCAGCCGUGGACAAUAUUGACCACAACCCGACAUCAACCUCCGCAAAGACUGCUUUUCAUGGGACGGUGAUUACGCUCAUGCAGCAUAAAUUCCCAGAAGAAACAGGUGUCGCCCGCGACUUCGCAACACAGUCAGACAAUGUAACUCCUACAUUGAAUAUGAAGGUCAAGCAGCUUCCUUCGGACUACGAAAUAGUUCCUCCAUGUUUUGUAGACAUAAAGAAGUCAACAUGCCCACAGUCUGAAAUAUACACUCAUGAUGUAUCAACUACCACACCGUUGGUUAUAGAGAAAGACUGGCUAGAGAGUACAAUGACAAAUGAUUUCAAGCCAUGGGCUGCGCAUCAUGCUGCAACUGACAAAGAUAUCCAAGAGCGACACAGCACAGACAUAGCUAUCUUGCCGUUGUUCAGAGAAUAUGCUCAUACACCCGCUAUGAUGCUGCACUCAAUGAACAUAGUAACCAAGGCAACGAAGUUCAUUAAUCCCGACCAGAUUCCCGUAAUUGUCGCCGAUCAACCACUGUAUACCCUUCUAAAACAACUGCAAUAUUUGUUUCCCUUGAAGGUAGGAGAGGACAAGAUUUUAAUAAUGAUGGGUGGACUACAUAUUGAAAUGGCUGCUCUUCGACUAAUUGGACAGUGGUUGAGUGGAAGUGGGUGGGUGGAAGCCUUAGUACAGGCAAAUGUGACGACACAGGGUAGAUCAGAAUCUAUGUUGACAGCAUCACACGUAACACGAACGAGAUAUGCUCAUCAGGUGACUGCCGCAGCUCUGUAUUAUUUGCAGAAAGAGGCCUACCAAGCCCAAUUGGAUGUCGGCGAUGAAGCACAAGGGCCGUUAAUCACUUUCGGAGAGUGGCGUCUGGAAAAAUGCGCUAGCACGCCUCAAUUCAAAUAUUGGGAUUUAGUGCUGAAUCUCGAGCUGAUGAUCUUACAGUUCGUUGGGGCAAUCAGAAAAGGAGAUUAUAAAAUAUACCUAGAUUCCAUAAGAAGAUUACUGCCGUGGUUCUUUGCAUUAGACCACAUAAAUUACUCCAGAUGGCUCUCAGUUCAUCUCAGAGACUUAGUGAACUUAGAAAAAAUGCAUCCAGACUUGUUGAAGCAUUUCGAAAAAGGCCAAUUCGUGGCAAGAAAGACUGAUAGGCCCUUCUCUGGAAUAGCCCUAGAUCAAGCGCAUGAGCAAAUUAAUGCUAUCCUAAAGGGAGAUGGUGGUAAGAAUGCAAAAAAAUACUAA